ACCUCCCUUAUCUCCCGCGCUCUCCUCUUUCCCACCAUUAGCCUCCCCCACCAUGGCUGCCCUCGGCAUCACCUCCCCGCAGGCGCCGUCCGCCUUCGCGUCCGCAACAUCUUCCUGCUCCCGCUCCUCACACUCCACCCUCCGCCUCCGCUCCCUCCCCACCCGAUUCGCGGCUGCGGCGUCGUUCCGCGCGCGGUGCGCAGCCGCUGCAGCCGGCGGGGCCGCGGGCUCAGAGGGCGCCGCCGCGGUGGCGGAGGUGGAUGAGGCGGGCACCGAAGUCGCCGGGGGCGCCGCAACCUCCACGCGGCCGCCCUACUCGCUCAUCUCCGCGGAGAAUGUGCAGAAGGCGAUGCGUGGCGUCGCUAUUACAGAUGCUGAUCACUAUGGGAGGCUUGGAGUCACAAGACUAGCUUCUACUGAUGAGGUAAGCGCCGCCUAUGAGAAAAGGUGUGAAGAACUAAAUAGCAAAAAACUGGAAGAAGAGGAGCUCAACAAGGAACUUGACCUCCUAAAGGAAUCAUUUACCAUACUAUCAACUGAGGAAGAGCGAAGAUUGUAUGAUUGGAGCAUGUCCAGAAGUGGGCAACCUGAGCGAUAUGUCUGGCCUUUUCAAGUAGAUCCCUUGGAGUCAGCACCAGAUCCUCCACAGGAACCCGAAGACGAGGUCCCAACAAAGCUCGUUGGCUACUUCUUCCUGGCGUGGUUCAUACUCUCUGUUGUGUUCUCGGUGGCCCUCAACAGAUGAGGGACAUCUCGCCCCAUGCAAAAGAUGAACUGCAACCCCAACACCGUAUACCUUCCCUGUAUGAAUGCUGUACAUGACAGGCAUACUGUUACAUGGUAAUAUUUAACUGGAGCAUGUAGCUGCAGAUUCUGUACAGAUCAGGCUCAUGAAUCCUGAGUCCUUCAGUCACCUGAAGUUGAAACGCUCCCAAAAAUUUCUAAUGCUGGUCCUUUUUUAGUA